AUGCAGGAUGUUGUUGAGCUGAUCAGCAAGUACGGCGGGGAGAAGUCCAAGAGUCCCUCCUCCUUUGACGAGUUCACCAAGGCGGUGUCCAAGGCCCCCACCCACCCCGACGCCGAGGGCUCUGGAGACUGCCUAGGCUUCGCCGCCAAGGACAAGUCUGGCCAUCUGGCGCCCAUGCGCUUCGAGCGCCGGGCGGUGGGCCCCAAGGACGUGGCCUUCGCAAUCACCCACUGCGGCGUCUGCCACUCCGACCUGCACCAGAUCAAGAACGACUGGGGCGGGUCCACCUUCCCCAUGGUCCCCGGCCACGAGCUGGUGGGCAUCGUGACCGAGGUGGGUGCCGAGGUGACCAAGGUCAAGGUCGGCGACCGCGCGGCGGUGGGAUGCAUGGUGGACUCCUGCCGCUCCUGCGACGCCUGCCAGCAGGACCUGGAGCAGUUCUGCGACAACGUCACCUGGACUUACAACUCCACGGGCAAGGAUGGGCGCGCCACCCAGGGCGGCUACUCCACCCACACCGUGACGGACGAGAAGUUCAUCGUCAAGUUCCCAGACACCCUGGACCUGGCCGCAGGGGCGCCCCUGCUCUGCGCCGGGAUCACCACCUACUCCCCCCUGCGCCACUGGGGCCUGGACAAGCCCGGCACCAAGCUGGGUGUGGUGGGCCUGGGCGGCCUGGGCCACAUGGCGGUCAAGUUUGGCAAGGCCUUUGGCGCGGAGGUCACCGUCAUCUCCACCUCUCCCGCCAAGGAGAAGGAGGCGCUGGAGGAGUUUGGCGCCGACCACUUUGUGGUGAGCAGCAGCGAGGAGGACAUGAAAAGGCACGCCACCACGCUGGACGGCAUCAUCGACACCGUGUCGGCCAAGCACGACCUGAACCAGUACCUGAGCCUGCUCAAGCUCAACGGCGCGCUGGUCAUGGUGGGCCUGCCCAACAUGCCCCUGCCCAUCGCCGCCGGCAGCCUGAUCUUCAAGCGCAGGACCCUGGGGGGCAGCGCCAUCGGCUCCAUCAAGGAGACCCAGGAAAUGAUUGACUUCUGCGCUGAGAAGCAGAUCACGUGCAAGAUCGAGCUGAUCGACAUCAACUACAUCAAUGAGGCCAUGGAGCGUCUGGAAAAGAACGACGUCAAGUACAGGUUUGUCAUCGAUGUCGCUGGAAGCCUGGUUGUGUGA